AUGGACUAUGGGGAGAAUGCCUCAACUACGGUUCAUUGUUCAGCAAAAUGUGGAAAGGAUCUUCUGGAGCAGAUUGUGGAUGGCCCAGAUCAAGUGCUUUCAAAGAAUGUAGUAGCUGAGUAUUUGAAUGAGGAAAUGAAUUGCGUGAAGGCUUUUGAGGGUACUACUAUAGAUAAACAAGAGCUAAGUUUGUAUGGAAAUUCUGUACUGGAAGCCACUAGGAAACUGGUGUCUGGACUUGUGAUAAAGACAGACACCUACUACUCCAUCAGCAUCAAUCUUCAAACAGUAGAUGCUGAGGUUUUUGUGGUUGGACCUAAAGCCUCCUUGACAGAAAUACCUCAACUCAAUGCACGCAAUGAUUAUUUGGAUAUUGACCUCAUUGGGAUUGCGAAGAACAACAAUGGAUUCGCUGCUGUGGCUUUUAUAAGCUACACCAACUUGUCAAGCAUUCUGAAUCCCAGCCUCAUCAAGCAUGGCUUUAGAGGGACCGUCUUCCUGUCCACUGUAGUGUCAGUCAUACUAAUCAAUGUCACCAACACCCAGUUCACCAAACCGGCCCGCAUCACCUUCAAACACAUUACAGAUGGCAACUACUUUGGAGUUUCAACAACCAGCAUCCCCAGCGUCAACUCUCAUGUCAUCAGUCAAGAUCUAAACCUACUCAACAUGGUGUCCGUGGCAGUCGGGCUGGGGUUUCUGAGCUUGACCCUGUUAACUUUUGCUCUUUUUCGACAAUCAAAAAUGAACAGGAUGGCUCAGGUCAACCUGUCCAUAAGCCUGCUGUUGGCUCACCUCCUGUUCCUGCUUACAGAACAAUUCCUGGAUGACAUAUAUGCUACUCAGUUGGCGUGUAAGGUGGUUGCAGGUGUUCUACACUUCUUGUUCCUCUCUGCUUUUGUGUGGAUGUUCAUUGACGCUGCUCUGCUGUUUAUCUUUGUGAGGAAUCUAUCAAAGAUCAGAACGAAUCAGAGGGAGGUGCUUGGCUGGAAAUGUUUCACUAUGAUUGGAUAUCUUAUUCCCCUGAUAAUAGUGGGCAUUUCUGCUGGAAUAGUGCCUGAUGGAUACGGCAGUAAACAAUGUUGGCUGAAGAUGGACAAGGACUUUUUCUGGAGUUUUUUGGGACCUGUGUGUUGCAUUCUCGGUCUAAACCUGAUCCUGUUUGUCACCAUCUUCAUCAACGUCGCCUUCGCUUUGAGAAACCUGAACAGUGAGAUCUUGCAGAGAAAAAAUACACUUGCUGAGAAGAAAGUGAUUCAAAGUGUGAUGCUGAAAACCACGGCCCAGUUCUUCAUCCUCGGUUGCCCCUGGAUACUGGGUCUCUUCACCUGCAACAACAAAGUGCUGGAGAUUAUCUUCUUGUUCCUCAACUCCCAGCAGGGCACCUUGAUGUUCCUCACCCACUGUGUCCUCAAUAAAGAGGUCAGAGAGCAAUGUAGAAUGAGGUUCUGCCUGUGCAAAAAGCCGACAACCAGUUAAAGGAACAAUGAGCUCAACAUCCA